AUGGAUCCGGUGUCUGGCUCCCGCAGCCCGGAGUGGGAGGCCUCGGGCUCCGGUGGGAAGCGUCGCAGUUCGUCGAAGAGCCCUAAGCCCAGCAAAUCCUCUCGCUCCCCGCGGGGCCGCCGCUCUCGCUUGCACUGUUGCUCUUGGUCCGGGGACCGGAAUGGCCUUAGCCAUCAACUGAGUGGCCCCAGCCAAGGCUCCCGAAACCAGGCCUACCGCUCCCGCUCGCAGUCACGCUCUCGAGAGCGGCCCUCCGCGCCGCGGGGCGCCCCUUUCGCUUCUGCCUCCUCGUCCGCCUAUUAUGGCGGCUACUCACGCCCCUACGGGAGCGACAAGCCAUGGCCUAGCCUCCUGGACAAGGAG